ACCCAGCAUUCUGCAGCAUGCUUACUGUGUGAUGUGUAAGGCAUAGCAUUGUCUUGAUGGUGUUCCUAAAACGCACGAGACAUUGGAUCCAUGUUCUUGCCUCGGCCUAAGGCCUUUCUAGAGGGCACUGAACUAGGAUCGGGAGACUGCCAAAAGGACCGGGCCGUUGUCCUGUCUCACUCAUUUUCAGCUUAAUCCCUGCUACGAGACAAAAAGUAAACGGGACAAAUCGUUUGAAGUGAAGAAUAAACAUGUGUCGAGCGCAUGAAAAUCCACCACCAUGGCAUUAAAAGUCCAUGCAUACUCAGGCAUGUCCCAGGAGAAAGCGCCACGUGUCCGAUUCUUGCCAUCGUCCGCUCACUAGACCUUGCCACCUUUCACUCCCUGUGCUUCCUGCGGGCGGUGGCUACAGGCUGACGUUAUAUUUCCAGGACGUGGGGAGGAACAAGAUGGGGAAGGCAAAGGGAAAGCGGACAGACGAGCUGAAGAGAGAUGGCCAAUAUGUUCAGGGCAAAUAGAGCUCUCCUCAACAACAGCUUCAGGGCUUCGUCCAGAGACCCAUCUUUCUAUGUCCAACGCACUGUCCGGCCGUCUAGGGCUUGCUUUCUCUCCUCUGCUUUUGAACGUGCAGAAGGCAGCAAUGCUGUGGCCGAAACGAGCCCCGGAGAUCGUGGGACAGGGAUCCCGGAAACGGGGUCUGACCCGGUGAGGGACGGGAUGUACGAAGCCAAGCAAGAGGCCCUCGACCCCGAUGAGGGCCGGGCCAGUGCUGUGACAGGAUAUAUGGCCGACAGAGCGAGGGACGGGCCCGAGAAGGCGAAGGAGAUGUCCAACCGGGUGGGCGAGACGGCCAAGAAGACGAUGGACGGCGCCUGGAAGGCAGCCAGGGAGACCACCGAGGAGAUUAAGGAGGCGGUGGCGGCGGGCGGCCGCAGUCACAGCGAGGAGGAGAAGAGAGGGCCGAAUCAUGAGAACUCGGAGGGUGACGAGAACGUGGACGAUUUGAGGAGGCGUGCAGGAGGAUACGAUAAAGCGGAGUGA